AACUAAAAUUAAUCAUAAUUGAAGACUAAUAAACUUUGGGUGAAGACUAAUUAACAAAUCUGUACAAGUUGUAUCACAUUUCUAUAAAAGGAAUUUUGGGGUUUGGGGACCAAUUGCAUAGCUUAUCGGUCCAUUCUCGAUGGCUGCACCGACAACCCAAAAUCACUUCAAACAUACAAUGCUCCUACUCGGACUGCUCAUCCUCACCUCUCUUCAUCCCACAGCUGGUCAGGUGGGCAGUUUCUUCGGGAGGCUGGGGACUAACUUGCCCGGCGCAGCAACAACUGUGGGCAUAUACCAGCAGAACAACAUCCGCAGAAUGCGGCUAUUCGACCCCCACGCGCCGACUCUCCGCGCCCUCAGCGGCACCAACAUCCGCCUCAUGAUGGGCGUGUCGCACCCCGAUCUCCGGGACCUCGCCAACUGCCCCCAGGCGGCCACUGCCUGGGUCAGCCGCAACAUCCUACGCUUCCCCAACGUCACCUUCCGCUACAUCAUCGUCGGGAACGAGAUCGAGCCGGAGUCGGAGCUGGGGCCCUUCGUGUUCCCGGCGAUGCAGAACGUGUACCGCGCCAUCCGCGCCGCGGGUCUGGGUGGCCGCAUCCAGGUCUCCACAUCCAUCCAAAUAAAUCUCCUGACUAGGUGGAAUCCUCCGCAGGCGGCGGAGUUCAAGUGCAGCGUCAACUGGUUCAUCAGGCCGAUCCUCGAGUUUAUAAGGGACACGAGCGCGUCUAUCCAUUUAAACGUGUUCCCCUUCUACGCUUACCUCAACGAUAGGGCCAACAUCAACCUCUCCUUCGCGCUUCUGCAGCCCAACAGCGGCGUCGUUCUCGGCGGCGUCUACUACGACAAUCUUUUCUACGCAAUCCAUGACGCCUUCGUGGCCGCCAUGGGCAAGAUCCUUGCCGCAGCAACGCCAUUGUCCGUGCAACAAUUACCAGAGAAUAACGGAACCAAGACGACGACGAGCUCUGGGUCAUCUAGUGGUGGCGGACACAAUUCUCCACCUGGGCAUGGAAGCGUCCCAUUGGGCAGCGGUGAUGAUGAGAUAAUGGCUGUCACCGACGGGCCUAUCGCCACCGUAGAUAACGCGAGGAUCUACAUCAACAAUUUGAUGCGCGUGGUGAGGACUGGAACCCCCAUGGUGGCCGGCCCUAUACACACAUACAUAUUUGCUACGUUUGACGAGAAUCUGAGGCCCGGCCCCGAAUACGAGAGACAUUUCGGUAUCUUUCUGCCUAACGGCCAGCCCAAGUUCCCCUUCCGUUUCCAGUGAUAUUGUUUUCAGUUUUUUUAUGCUCGGAAGAAGGAGCCUGUUUGCUCCAUGUGUGGUGUCACUAAGUUGUUGAUGUUUUCAGUGUGUAAUUUUUCAUUUUAGAUUGGAUUCGGUGUUGAUUAUCUAUUAUCAGUCAUUAUGGAUUGUUUGAUUAAA